AUGGACGUGGAAGAGCAGGACGAGUAUGCGAUCAUCUCGGAAAUGGAAAAGCCAACAAUUUUCGCUGUUCAAACGCUCGCCGAUGAAUUGAAAACAUGUGAAAUAAAGAAACAGUCUCAAGAAACUGUUGGAAAUAUGCAAACAAAGAAAAAAAGACGAUCAAGAUGGGAUGUCAAGCCAUCAGAAGUUGUGAAGCUUGAAAAUUCUACUAAGCCGACAGCGAACGGAAUCGAUCAGGCUCCGAGUACGGAAAAUGAUGCUAACAAGAGGAAAUGUUCUGAAAGCGGGGAAGAAAAGCCUUAUGUAAAUAAAGAAAUUGCGGAGAAACUUAACGACAUGAAGAUCGAAGAAAGCACCAAAGAAAACGACAAAUGUUGCGUGAUGUUCGAAACAGAAACUUAUCAAAAUAAUAGCAACAGUGGAAUAGCACUUCAGUGUGAUUUAUGUAUCGCUGAGCCUCUCAAAAAAUCUUCGGAUGCAAGUGCUAGCACCGCUCCUCCAGAACCAGGAACUCCGGAAAAGAAGCAUGAUGCGGAGGCGAACAGCACCGAAGCUCGGUCGGUGAAGCCCAGAGUAGUCAUGAAAUGGAUGUGCACGGUGACAAAAAAAGAUCUCCCAACAGCAAGCACGAAUGAGCUUUGGGAAUCGGAGACUGAGGCAAGCGCAUCAGGGGAAAAGCAGUCUGAGGAGUCCGAGUCGUCGACUACAAAAACUUUUUCGGUCACAAAAAGUACUGAUAGGCAUUCAAAAGAAACUGGAGAAAGUCUUGUUCAGGCGAGUGUUUCUCGAUUGCAGCAGCAUUCGGAGACCACGCUGCACACAUCAGGAGAAAGCAGCUCCGGAAAUCAGCGAGCAAAGACGCAGUCUUCGCCCACGAAAUCUUCCUUAGCCGCAAAAUGUAGUAGUAGCGAGUCGGAAGAACCUGAAACAAUUGAAAAUCAUUCGUGUAUUCAGACAGGGCAAGUUCAGUGUCAGAAAGGCAGUCGUCGGUCGCAGGAAGAUCAAUGCCAGAUUUUUCCUGAGCCACAGCAAAAGCAAAUACAGCACAAGGCAGCUACUCCUCAACCAGAAGAAACUGAUGUCGAGCCAGUUAGCUGUCUACAGCCACAGGCUUCUGAGUACGAGAAAACUGUUCCCGAGCAGCCGUCCAUUCAGUUGCAGACUGAUAUUUCAUCUAGCGAAGAGCAGGAGCGGUUAAAUGAAGCA